AUGGCUUCUUCUAUCCUCUUUAUCACUCUGUUAAUCUCCUUGUCUCCAAUCUUUCCACAACUGGUUCUCGCUCAAGUCCCAGGAACGACAGCUACAUGCUCCUCAAUGCUUCUUUCCUUAGCUCCAUGUGGUCCAUUCGUUCAAGGCUUUGUCCAGCUCCCAGCUCAGCCUUGUUGUGACAGCUUAAACCAGAUCUAUAGCCAACAACCAACUUGUCUCUGCCUCUUACUCAACAAUACUUCUACUUUGUCUCCUGCUUUUCCAAUCAACCAAACUCUUGCUCUACAAUUGCCUCCACUUUGCAACCUUCCAGCCAACUCGUCCUCUUGCACUUCCCCAGAAACUUUUUUUUUGUUUAUAGGAGAGGCGCCUAGUGAUUCUUCCUCCAUUGCUCCACCACCUUCUAGCUCAACUGGUUCUCAAGUCUCUCCAGGUGCAAGGAACAACUCUGGUGUCACAGCGACCCCAGUAGCUCAAAUGGCACCAAGACCAACUAGCUUAAUGGGGCUAGGUUAUGAUUUGAGAUCCUCUGGCUCCAAAUCUGAGAUUCAGCUAAUCAUCAUCGCACUCGCAGCGAUCCUACCAGGAACUCUCCUCAUCUGA